GCCGAGAAUAAAAUCAAUGCUCCAUCUGCUUGCAUUCUGCCUAGUCGUCGCACAAACAUUUUAAAAUGUGGAUUCUUGGAGUAUUUUUCCUGUGUUUGGCUUACACCUGCUGUGGGGAAGAACUGCCUGAAGGAUGUAUGAGCGUCGAUGCAAUGCGGACGCAGUUUGCAAAGCCAAAAGUUAUACAAGUAAGAGGACAAGGGAAUUUGUACAGUCCUGGAUUUGAGAAAAAUGAAGGCUAUCCUGAUUAUGUGCAGUGCUCUUAUCAGCUGCAGGCACCGGCUAACAUGCAUGUCCGACUAAAGUUCAACGUACUGGAUAUAGACACCACAGAUGGGUGCGGCGCAGAUUCUGUCAGCAUUCAUGACUUCGAUUCCCAGGGCAGAGGAGUAUUACAGGCUAUGCACUGUGGUAAUGAACUACCUUAUGAUUAUGUGUCACAAUCCUUCGCUUUUCAAGUGGUUUUGAAGACUGACUUUUUCGGCUCCAGAAGGGGUUUCAACAUCACUUAUUCUGCACAACCCACAACAGACGUGUGUUCUGCUGGUUUGAAACAAUGCAGGAAUCGCAAUUGCGUCGAAUACUCUAAAUUAUGCGACGGGAACGAUGAUUGCGGAGAUGGCACAGAUGAAGAAAAAUGCUCACGUUUGAUUCCAGACGAUACUGAGUGUGGUGUUUCAGACAUCAAGCCUUUAGCCUUUUCAGAUUAUGAUCGAAUUGUUGGAGGAAUGGAGGCAUUGAAGGGCAGCUGGCCUUGGAUGGCUGACCUUCAAAUUAAAUACAUCGUACCAAAUGGACACACUUGUGGAGGUGCGCUCAUCAAUUCGCAGUGGGUGCUCUCAGCUGCUCACUGCUUCCAGGAUCCAAUCAUGCGAAAACCUGGUGCGUGGAGAAUCCACCUCGGGAAUCACAACAAAUUCACUAAAGACGAAGGAGAACAAGUGCGAUUUGUUGAACGCAUUGUCAUCUAUGAUGAUAUUCCACCAGUGAUCUUUGAGAAGAAUGGGGAAUUCGAUAUGGACCAUGAUAUUGCUCUGCUCAAACUGAACGCACCUGUGAAAUUCACCAAAUAUGUCAAGCCCAUCUGCCUGCCUGAUCCUUACACACAACUCAGCAUCAUUGACAACUGCUACGCAAUAGGAUGGGGAGCUACAAGAGGCACUGGCAGCUCAGAUGCUCUGAAACAAGCUUACCAUCCCAUUCAAUCGACUGUACUUUGCUCCAGACUUGUAGGAGGAAGUUUUAAUCCCCAGACUAUGAUUUGCGCCGGCAGUAUGGCGCCACUGAAUGGAGUUUGCCAUGGUGACAGCGGUGGCCCACUACUUUGCGAACUCAACAAAGUCUGGAAAAUCGUAGGGGUUGCAAGUUACGUUACCGAUGGCACAGGAACUGAAGGAUUGUGUGGUUUGAAGGGUCGACCGAGCGUUUUCAAUAAAAUACAAGUAAAGUUGGGAUGGAUUAGAAGAAUGAUUAACCGUUACACUUAAUAAGAUAAACCGCAAUAAAUUUAAAAGUAAAGCAAGUAAAUAAAUAAUUUUUUUUUCA